AUGUUCCCCCCAUGGCUAACUCCAGUCCUGUGCUGGAACCUCAUCCAGUCCCUGACCGGCCUGACGGUGACAUUCACCGCGUCAGACUCGCGCGUCCGGCCCCUCGUCGCGGCGCUCACCGCACUACUCGCCUACACCCUGCAGCGUAACAUCCAGACCUAUUUCGCGGCGACGCGGCCCUCGGGACCGCUUGUUGCGAUGUGCUGGGUGAAUGUGCUCAACGCGUUUGAUCUGCUCGUGCUGAGCCGCGCAUCGCUCGCAGCGCAGCUCGCAUAUCAAAGCGCAAACCUGGAGAAGAAGGACAAAACGCCUCCAGUUCAGUCUGCACGUCUUCUCGCGAAACUCCGCUUCGCGCUUGAGCUCCCCUACAAUUACCGCCGCAUCAACACCCCCUGGGAGAAUCCGCGUCUCCGCACCACCUCCGCAUCCACCCCGCAAACACACCGAAAAUCCACAUUCCUCCUCCACUCACUCGCUACCCUCCUCAUCGCCGGAACCAUAAUCCACCUCCUAACCCUCGACGCCUCCGAUAAGCACCUGCAACACGCAUUAUCAAAACUAGAUACCUCGAAAUCCGUCCUCCUCCCGCUCCGCGACUUCGACGCGCAUACCCUCCUCGUCCAGACCCUCUUCACGCUCUCCUUUGGGCUCGUCACCCGCGCGGCGAUUGUAGGCGGACACACGGCGGCUGCGAUACUUGCUGUCGGGGCGCUUGGCGACGAUGCGGCCAACUGGCCGCCGAUUUUCGAUUCUUUGGCGGAAGCGACGAGUCUGAGGGGGCUGUGGGGAAAAUCCUGGCACCAAAUCCUCCGAACCCCGCUGACCAGCAACGCAACCUUUCUCGCCUCCCUCCUCGGCCUCGCCCCCAGAUCCACGGGCGCACACUGGCUGCGCGUCGUGGUCGCAUUCACAGGCUCCGGGAUCAUCCACUCGCUCUGCGACGUUGGGUUCGGCGUCCCGCUGCAUAAAACGGGGGGAUUCCAUUUCUAUACGUUGCAGAUUUUCGGGUUCGUCGUUGAGUCGGUUGUUUCGAGCAUUUAUCACAAGGUGAAAAAGGGAUACGGGGUCGGAUUUGGGGAGCAUGUGGAGAGGGUUCUGGGGUACACGUGGGUCCUGGGGUUUCUGGCGUGGAGUACACCCGUCUGGAUUAAUCCUAUCCUGGUCAGUUUGGCGGGGGAUGGGACGAGGGUGAUGUCGCCGUGGUUGGGGCUUUCGUCGACUGCAUUUGAAUUAUAG